UUCACUGCGCAGCUGCUGCUGUCAAUCAUCUCAAACCCAGUGUUGGGACAGAGACACAGAGACCAAUGAGGGAAAGUUGAAGUGCUCCUGUGAAUUUGUACUUUUAAGGACCUUCGGCUUUCAGACACACAAAUGGACCAGGAUGAAAACAAUGAGGAUGUCACUGCAGAUGCUGAGCUGGCAGCAGCGAUUAUGAAGCGACACUUUCGUCCGUCGCUGAUCAAAACUGAAGCAUGGGAAGGAUAUGAGUUUGCAGACAUGGAGAUCAAAAUCACAGAGUCGACGGACUGUUACGGGGCCGUUCUGUGGCCCUCAGCCAUGGUGUUGUGUCAUUUCUUCGACACUCACCGUGAGGAAUAUAACCUGAUGGACAAGAACAUCAUUGAGCUAGGUGCCGGAACGGGUCUUGUUACCAUAGUAACCAGCCUGCUGGGUGCAAAGGUGACGUCAACAGACCUGCCGGAUGUCCUGAGUAACCUGAGACACAAUGUGAACCGCAACACCAGAAGGCGCUGCAGGCACGAGCCGUGUGUAACCGAGCUCAGCUGGGGGAAACAGCUGGAGGAAAGAUUCCCACGCACAACCUGUCACUACGAUUACAUCAUCGCCGCAGAUGUGGUGUACGGGCAUCCCUACCUCCACGAGCUCAUGGAGACCUUCAUGCACUUGAGCUCAGACGACACCGUCAUCCUGUGGGCCAUGCGGUUCCGUCUGGACCCGGAGAACAGCUUCGUGGACACAUUUGAGAAACACUUUAGUCUGGAGGAACUUUAUAACUUGCCCAGCCUGCGAAUAAAGCUGUACCGCGCGUGCAAACGGCGCGGAGACACUGCGCAGACCAGCGGCUUUCAAUUAUUUUGAAGGGCCCCUAAUAUAUUAACAGAACUAUUAUUUUAUCAUAUAUUAUUAACAGAAAUUUGGAGGGGUAAUAUAGCUACAUUCAUUAACCGCAAUUCAUUUUGUGAUUCCAGAAGUUUUAAGAACUGCUACAAUAGUUACAGAG